AUGCUGACCAACAACUGGGAGGCGAGCGAGUGGCUGGGGCUGAUCACUGCAGGCCUGCUGUGGGUGGACUUCAGAAAUGCAGAGAAGGAUGAGGAGCACUUUGAGAUGUGUCUCAGCUCUCUGGAGGAGGAGAUCAUGUUUAACGUGGGACACCUCCUGGCAGUUGAAGAACCUCAGGGAGAGGUGGUGGAUCAGCCUGAACCAUCAAAACCCCGCCUGAAAAAGAAACCAGGGAGAGGGUUUCGCCAUGCUCUCUCAAAGCUCUACAUCCAUGAUUCAGGUGAGAUAAUCGAGCCGACUGUCAGCAGCAGGAUCACAGUGGAGCUCAGUGAGAAAGCUGGAGAGCAUUGUUACUGGCUGGAGAUUAAAGGCAACGGCUGUAAAUACUACAGGAACGUUGUCACCAACAGAUACCUGGGAUUCGACCCCAGCAGGAACCAGGCCCACUCUGAGGUCAGCCCCUCUGAGAGAGAAGAGUGGCUGAUGUUGGUGGACCAGACGGACCAGAGCCAUCAGAGAGCCGUCAUCGUCAAGAACAAACAGUCUGGGAUGUUCCUGGCAGUCCAAAAUGGCCACUUUACCGGACUCACAUUUUACAAUGAAGACUGCAAAUGGUUUUUAGAAUAA